AUGCGUCCGCCGAUGGCAUAUAACCGGCUUGUUAUUUCAUUUGUGUUUCUGGUUGUUUUCGGCUGGUCAGAAUGCGCGUUGAACAACAGGCCGCCGCAAUUCCUGCCAGGCGGCGACAUGGCACGAUUUUCCUUGUCCGAAGACACCCCAGUUGGAAAAUCAGUCUACAAACUGUCGGCAAUCGACCCCGAGGGCUCGAGGAUGUCGUACACUGUGAGCGGCCAACAUCUGAACAUCGAUCGAUCAACCGGUGUCGUCACACUAGCCAAGCGUUUGGACCGAGAAACUUUGGAUUCACUGGAAGUCGUCAUCAGCGUAACUGACGAGCCGAUCAAGGACUCCGACGCAAAUACGGUGUCUCUGAGAAGAGAAAUAGCAAUUAUCGAUGUGAACGAUAAUGCACCAGAGUUCCUAGGGAGACCGUAUUCGUUUAGUGUUUCCGAAGACACGCGAGUUGGCACCAUAAUAUACAACAACAUAACUGUUGUCGAUAAAGAUAUCGGACCGAAUAGUGAGAUUUCCAUGACGUGUAGUCAAAACAACGAACCUUGCGUGACAUUCAACUUGCUCACCGAAAAAGUGUCCACAGGUACGUACGUAGGUUCUAUUAGAUUAGCGCGACCACUGGAUUUCGACACGGUGUCGUCGUACAAAAUUACUGUGAAAGCGACUGAUGGAGGGCUUAAAAACUCCCUAUCAUCCACCGCUAAUAUUUCGGUAGUCGUUAAAGACGUGCAAGACGAACGUCCGGUUUUCACUAACUCGCCAUAUUCGAUCGUGAUCGACGAGAAUACACCAGCAGGCGUACAAGUACUUAAGGUCACUGCUGAAGACGGUGACGCGGGUUUCAAGAGACCAGUCGUGUUGAGUUUAGAAGACGAUUCUCUCGGAUAUUUCACCAUCGAUAAUGAGUCUAACGGGACUGCUUACAUAUUCACUAGUGACAAUCCUAUUGACCGGGAAAACAAAAUAGUUUCCGAUGCCGGUGGUAUUUAUACGUUCAGAUUAAAGGCUACCGAGCUGAUCAACAACGAAUUACCCGGUGACGUCAGCUACGAGAUCGUCACCGUAGUAGUUCAAGAUGUGGACGACGAAAAACCCGAAUUCAACGAAAGGAGUUUCUCGACGUCGGUAUCCGAGGACAUUAGUAUCGGAACACCUUUACCGGGAUUAAAUAUUAUAGUCAACGACAAAGAUUUGGGAGAUAACGGAAGAUACGUGUUGGUAAUGAGGACCCAAGACUCCAGAGUGUCUAAUUGGUUUAAAAUUAUCCCCGAGACGGCCUUGGGAAGGUCAACCGUUCUCAUUCGUUUAGUUGACAACGAUGGGUUUGAUUACGAUGCAGGAGUCACUGACGUCGAAUUCGAUAUUGUUGCUAUGUACCAAGAUAAUUUAACUGGUGGGUUUAAAGAAGCUUCUGCGGCUCACGUGCAAGUUAACGUACUCGAUGCUAAUGAUAAUUUGCCAAAAUUUGCUCAAACAACAUAUGCAUACUCCAUACCGGAAAAUCUUGUACCUGGAACGAGCAUAGCAAAUCUUACUGCUACCGACAUUGAUAGUGGUAUAAAUGGUGAAAUUACUUACAGUUUACAAGGUUUUGGUAUGGAUAAGUUUGGUAGUGAUCCUGAAUUCGGCGGUAUAUAUUUGACUGGCAAGGUCGACUACGAACAGCAGAGUUCAUAUUCACUCACUCUCGAGGCGAAAGACGGAGGUAAUCGUUCCACCCACGUAGUUAUUUUAGUCGAAAUUGUAGACGUUAACGAUAAUACUCCAGUAUUCAAUUCGUUGGAAUAUAAAAGAACUAUACGAGAAGGUGGUACUGAAUUUCAGCCGAAAUUCUUUGUUCAGGCAUCCGACGCCGACAGUGGUCUCAAUUCCAUGAUUCGUUAUUCGGUCGUCAGCUCAAACUACGACGGCGUCGUUCUGGUGAAUCCUAUCAGCGGGGAAUUGACAUUGAAUUCUCCGGUGAACUCUAGUCACACGUCUCGGGGACAAUACGAGUUAGUUAUAAGAGCGACGGACCUGGGUAUGCCACCUCUACAUGCGGACACAAAUGUCUACGUCAGGGUUGGUGUGCCGGGAAACCAGAGGCCCAUGUUUAAAAAUCUCACGUAUUCCGUCACGAUACCGGAAAACACUCCGAGAACAAUGGACAUACUGAGGGUUCGAGCGACCGAUCCAGACGGACCAGAUCAUCUAAUAGAGUACAGCAUGGUCAAUAGUAACGACAAUUUUCACAUCAAUAAGAAAACCGGAGCCAUAUCUGUGUCGGAACGCGCCAUACUCGAUCUGGACUCAACGGGAUUGUCAUAUUAUCACUUGGUCGUCAUGGCUAUGGACAGUGGGUUGCCCAUCAGAGAGGUUGCACACGCCGACGUGUACGUCAACGUCACAGACGUAAAUAAUAAGCCUCCCAAGUUCGACCAUAAUGUAAGUUACAUAGUAUACGUACCUGAAAUCACGGAAAUAGGCGAAAUCGUGUACAAAGUAAAUGCCGUCGACCCGGAUAAAAAUGCGUCGAUUAAGUACGCGAUCGUUGAACCAAUCAAAGCUAAUGACAAAACUGGAUUGCCGUUAAAAAACACGAGCUCAUACAAUUUCAAAGAUGUAUUCAGUAUUAAUAAACUUACCGGUGAGAUCAAAGUGAAUUCAGCGUUAAGUUAUCAGAUGGCAUCGGUGAUCGUGUUGACCAUAAGAGCCGUAGACACGAAUGCCGUCGAAAACGUCCACGAACAGUACGACGAGGUCGAAAUCACAUUUUUCGUGAAACCGUACAUGAAUAAAAACCCGGUGUUUACCAACGCUGGAUGGUCGGCCGACGGUGACUCGUCCACGUUAAUCGUAAAAGUAGACGAAGAAACGCCAAUUGGUACGGAACUGGUGCAGCUCAAAGCAAUUGACGUGCUUACGAACGAGUCGCUAUACGAUUUCAAGGCUGUCACGGCCGUACCGCGACAAAUUGCUAUGGACUAUGCUGGUAAAGUUAUACUUACAGAACGACUGGACUACGAAACGCUAGAAGACAAGACAUUGACGUUUCAAGUGAAAGUCACCACUGAAGACGGUGAACGGUCAACUAGCAAAACCAUUGUGAUCGAAGUGCAAGAUAUCAACGACAAUAGUCCAGAAUUUGAAUAUCCCAUUUAUCGAACUUCUCUCGUAGAAUCCAGUCCGAAAGGUACUGUUGUUCUGUCAGUCAGAGCAAAUGACAAAGAUUUACCAACGUCUCAAAAUGGUAUAGUCAGGUAUCACCUAGGAGGUGAAAAUUCAAAUUUGUUUACUGUUGAUCCUAUUAGCGGAGAGAUAAAAGUUUCCGGGAAUGGUGUAAUUGAUCGUGAAAAAUCUUCAAUUUUAAGACUAAUGGUAUUUGCAUCAGAUACGCCACAGGGUGGCCCACACCAAAAAAUGACUUCAGUGCCAGUACAUAUUGAUGUCAAGGAUAUAAACGACAAUGCACCUGAAUUUGAUUCUUCAGUAUACAUUGCAGUAGUAUUAGAGAACGUUGUACCCGAAACAAGUGUGUUAAACGUAUCGGCACAUGAUCCGGAUGAAGGAUCUGCAGGCUUGGUACAUUACAAACUCAUAGACGAGCAGCAACUCCAGGGUCUGUUCUACAUAAAUCCAACGAACGGACAAAUUAAAACUUCUAAAAGAUUAACCGGUAAAGGUCGGUCUGAUCCGUAUGAAAUGAAAAUCAGAGCCGAAGAUAAUGGAGAACCAGGAAUGUUUUCUGAUGUUAAACUUAGUCUAUACAUUAGCGAUAUAAUUGAAAAUGAUGGAGUUCCGACUUUUGUACAUCCAACUGCUGAUGAGAUCGCGUAUGUGUCUGAGAAUGCAUCUAUUGGGUCGUUAGUAUUCAGAGCGUUGGCUACAGAUCCAGACGAUCCCAAUACACUGGAAGGAACGAUACAUUAUAGCUUUUUAGAAGAAACAAAAGAUUCUUUAAUUUUUUCUAUUGAUUCAGAAACGGGAUUAAUAACGACUGCGUCAAUUUUGGACCGAGAAACGCAAGAUAAAUAUACUCUUGUAUUAGUUGCAAGAGAUUUAGGCAGCGUUCCACAACAGUCUACAAAAGUGUUCAACGUUAUUAUAACCGAUGUCGAUGAUAAUAAACCUGUAUUUAAUAGAUCCAUAGAAGAAAAACCCUUAAUGAUGGAAGUCGAAGAAGAGUCGCCUCACGGUACUUUAGUUGGUUCCUUGGCAGCCUAUGAUCCAGAUAUCGGAGAUAAUGCACUGAUUGAUUAUAUAAUAACUGAUGGAAACGAGGGUAAUGUAUUUUAUUUAAACUCUUCAAAUAAUGUAGCCGAAAUAAGAAUCAGUGGAGAAAUUGAUAGAGAAUCUGUAUCUGAAUAUGUUUUGACAAUAAAAUGUUUUAAACAUAAAACGAAAGCAUACAGCUUGCAUAAAUCGUACAACAAACAAGAUCCAAGUGAGAGACAGGUGGUAAUCAAAAUACUUGAUAUCGAUGAUAAUUUACCAAAAUUCGUUGAUGAAAACUUAACUUUAGGCGUUAGGGUAAGCGUUCCUCUUGACACACUUGUGGCUACAAUACAAGCCACCGAUGUCGAUAGUUUGGCAGAACAAAUCACGUAUCACAUCACAAAUCUUACUUAUGCUCAUAGGCUAGAAAUCCCAAAAGAGAUUAAGAGCUGGCCAUUCUUUUUGGAUCAGAUAAGUGGUCAGAUUAGAACCACAUCUUCGAUGACAUCCUAUUCAGAAGGUUAUUUUAACAUAGUUGUAGCCGCGAUCAACAGCGAUGUGCCUGGACGACAUUCCAAUACUACAAUUAAAGUGUUUAUUGUUAAAGACCGUGGAUUGUUGAAGUUUGUGUUCACAAGACCCCCAAAUAUAGUAGGUCAUUACAUUAAAAAAUUCAAAGAAGAUGUCGAAAAAUCAUUAGGGAUACCUCAAGCUAGCUUAAAUUUGUACGAUACCCAGUUUUAUUCAAAAAAUGACGGAAGUCUGGAUUUUAGUAGCACAGGUUCGUGUUUUCAACUAGUGGGCCCAAAUAAUUACAAUCCAAAAGAUACUAUAUCGUUACUCGAAGACCCCAGCAAUCACGAGUUGAAGAAUGUGUACAAACAAUACGAAGUUAAAAACAUUGAACGAUGUUCCCCAAAACAAGUCAAGUCAGCUGUUACGUGGGUACAGAUAUCGGUGUUGGGUAUUGCAUUGUUCAUUGGAAUCGUAUCGAUUUUCUCCAUAUGCCUUUUAUGUUGUUCUUAUAAAAAAUGGAAAAGGCUACGGUAAUAAUGUGAUAAGCAAUAAGUAUCAAUUAGACGUGAACUCAAUAAUGUGAGUUGCCAUGUAAAAGUGCUGUGAUUCAAUAACUAUACAAUCAAAAUAUAUAUGUAUAUAUUUUUAUUUUACUUAAAUUACCUAAAAAUGUAAAUAUUAUUACUGUGAUUAUAUUAUUUACUUGCUCCGAAAUUUGUGAUUCUUUCAAGUAACCUUUUUGGUUUAUAAACCUUUAAGUAUGAUAGACUUAAAAAAGGAAAACAAUAAAAAAUUAUAAUAAUAAAACAACUUAAUAUCUCCUAUGCACUAUGUUAUAUGGUGUUUUCAGGUAUUGAGUUCAUACACAAUUCAAAAAGUAAUAGGAUUUUCUUCUUUUAUAUUUAAAUAUUAUGUCCGUAAUAAGAGGAUUAAAACUAAAAGCUUAUGAUAAAGCACUCUCGUCUCUUGAUUUACUUGGAUUCGUUUCUAGGAAAGAGGUUUAUAACUUAGAUAUAUGGCAAAAGUAAAACUAUAAUGAUAAUAAAACAAAAAAAUAUAUAUAAUAGUUUUUAGUACAAAAAUAAGUUUAUAUAUUGAAAUUUUCCUUUAAGUUCUUGAACAAAUUUAUUAAUAUUUGCUUUACUUACCUAUAUAAAAAAGUGGUAAAAUAUUCUUUGAUGAGAUAUGUAUAAGUCGAAUGUGCCACUAAGCAAACGUGUUACAUGUAUAUCGUAAAAUUGAGUUAUAAUAAAUCCUCGCAUUCGGAAAACAGUAAUAAAUUAAAGCAUAGAUAAAUAGGAUUUUAUUAUUUCAUUUUAUUUAAAAGAACUGGCUAUUAAUUAUUCAUUCAAAAAUAUUUCUAGUUGUUUUAUGCUGCGACAAUACCAUUAACCGUACUGGAAAAUAAAAUUAAACCAUUUCAAUGUUUAAAAAUUACUUUACAGAGAAAACCAAUCACAUCGCGUGGAAUAGUCGUCUUUUUUAUUUGAAAGAAGAAAUCUUUAUUUAGAUCGUAUAUUUAUCUCUCAUUUUUAAUUAAUAUUAAAUAACUCCAGAUAAAUACAUUUAAAAAUACUCAGAAAUUGUAAUCACAAGAUUUGUAAAGUUUUUUUUGAUCAAAAUAAAACUUUACCAUCAUAAAGUUGUCUCUUUCUAAUAAAUAAAUAAAUAUUAAAAUCUAACUUUUCACGAUACGUUAACGUUUUACAGUAAAUCGAGUUAUUGUACUAAAAACACGCUUACUAUUUAUUCAUACAUUUUAAAAAACGGUUAGAAUUUCAAAAUAGUUUUUACUCAAAAUACUUAUUACGUUAAGAAUUAAGAAUUUACUUAAUCAAUAAAAUAUCAAAUUUAUUGUCAAUUUUAAAUAAUAAUUCAAAAUUGUUUCAGUGAUAUAAAAUAUAUGUUAACUAUUUUCACUCAAAAUUUAAAAUAACAACAUUAUUUUAUUAACACUUAUACUAGUACCAAUGAUGCGCAACUCAUGGGUCACCCACAAGUAGGCCAAUACAAAUUUAUAAAAUACAAUAUAGAAAUUGUACAGUAUAAUAUCACCUCACUGAUGGGAAAUAUUAAAAGCAUACUGAUCAAAUUAAGUAACUAUAUAACUUAAUUUUUUAUCAAAGUAUAUCUAAAUUGUAUUCUUAAAAUCUUAUUCUUAAUAGUCUAUAAAAGAUAAAAAAAACCAAUCCAAUAUAAUUUUCCCAUAAAGGUAAUGGUGAUUAUUAGUAUUUUAUACUUAAUGGCCCGCUCAAAAGAAAAUUGGUAAAUAAAGUGGCCCGCUUAACAAAAAGAUAGUCAUCACUUAUACUAAAUUAAAUUAACCUUAAAUAUGAUAAGUAUACUUAUUUACAUAAAAUUAUUUUUAAACUGUUUCAUAAGUUGUAUGUGAUUUGGUUAUUUAAUGUAAAACCCCAGCGUCACUGUACAAGAAAUCAAAAUGGUUAUUUUUUAAUUUUGUUUAUAUUAAUUUAAAUUUAAUGUAUCGAUUUUUUUUAUUUUAUUCAUACAAUAUUAUGAUUAAUUGUUUAGCGUUUAAAGUUGAGGUAUUUUAGUAUUUUAACUAUUGUUAAGGGGGAAUUAGUUAAUA